CUUGCGGCGGGUUUCCCCAAGUCCGAAACACAGUCCCACUGGCUCCGCUUGUUUGUGCCUCUUCGCUUUGAUCGCUUGACCCUUUUAUCUUUCCUCCACCACCUUCUUUUGUUCGAGCAAUUCUUCUCCUCGCCCCUCGUGGGUAUCAUCAAUCUUAUACCUGCGAUGGCUAGUAUGCCGACCACUACGGACGGCCUACUGGCCGCCUGGCAUACCUACCGGCUACCCCUCCUCAUUGCCCUCUGCACGCUUUUCGUGGCCCUUCGUGCCUAUCGCAAAGUCCAGUCGCGAUCAAAGACCCCGACCUCUUCCUCGAUCCCGUCCUCGCCUCGCAGUCUGUCCCCCGAAAAAUCCCCAAUUCCCCGGGUGCCGACCGAGAAACAACCCCCACUAUCGAUCCCCACAAACAAUGGCAAGCUCGCUCCCAAUGAUGAACCUCCCAAGUCCACGUCCGGUCCCAAGCGUGUCCAGGGCAAGAAACCCGCCAAAACUGUCUCCGGUCGCCGCGUGAAUAAUGAGGAGAGUCACCCUUUGUCUAUCCAACCUGUCAUUUUCUUUGCCUCGUUGACGACAACGACGGAACGAUAUGCCAAUGUGCUGCUGGAGGAUCUGCGUGCAGCGGCACAGGAACGAGCAGAUCUGGAGAAGCGCGAAUAUGGUCUGCUGCCUCCACAGAUCCACGAUAUCUCGUACAUCGACUUUGACGAUUUCUUUGCUGCCGCUCCUAAGCCGCCGUCGACCUCUCCCGGUACUCGCUACCUUUACUGCAUUCUGAUUCCCACCUAUAACAUCGAUACGGUCCUGAACAUGUUAUUGGGUCACCUGGACGAGAUCCAUAAUGAUUUCCGUAUUGAUACUGCGCCCCUAUCCCAAUUGGCGGGCUACUCGGUCUUUGGAUUUGGUGACAAGGAGGAGUGGCCCACUGAGGAGGAAGGCUUCUGUUCCCAGGCGAAAGAAGUCGAUCGCUGGAUGGCGAAACUCACCGGUCGCAAGCGAGCGUACCCAUUGGGAAUGGGCGAUGUUAAGAGUGAUGCAGAGACUUCGUUGAAAGAGUGGUCUCGGGGACUCCAGGAUACCAUCUUCGAUAUCUUGGAGAGUGGAGGUCUUGGAGAGGGUGUUCCGGGUAGUGGUGAUGCCGUCGAGAGCGACGAAGAGGAUCUGGGGGAUUUAGAGGACAUGGAUGACGAGUCCAGGAGCAAAAAGAAGACAACUUCGACCAUGGUCGAUCUUGAGGAUAUCCAGAUGAAUGGGGACUCGGCUGGUCCGAUUCCAAUUGACUUUACGACUGUAGGCAAGGCUGUGUCUGCGGAGCCCACUGCAAAGGAGAUGGUUCCGAAGACAUCUCCGACUUAUGCUGCUUUGACAAAGCAGGGCUAUACAAUUGUUGGCUCGCACUCUGGCGUUAAGAUCUGCCGAUGGACUAAGUCCGCGCUGCGUGGACGUGGAUCAUGCUACAAGUUCUCUUUCUAUGGCAUCAAAUCUCACCUCUGCAUGGAGGCUACACCUUCGCUGUCGUGCAGUAACAAGUGUAUUUUCUGCUGGCGCCACGGCACUAACCCCGUCGGGACUACCUGGCGAUGGAAAGUCGACUCACCGGAGCUAAUUUUUGAUGGUGUGAAGGAAGGCCACUACAAGAAGAUCAAGAUGUUGAAGGGUGUGCCAGGUGUGCGAGCUGAGCGGUUCGCCGAAGCCAUGCGAAUUCGGCACUGCGCUUUGAGUCUGGUUGGCGAGCCCAUUUUCUACCCUCACAUCAACCGCUUCCUCGACAUGCUGCACGUGGAGCGUAUCUCCAGCUUCUUGGUCUGCAAUGCCCAGCAUCCUGACCAGCUGGAGGCUUUGCACCGCGUGACUCAGCUCUACGUCUCUAUCGACGCCAGCAACCGUGAGAGUCUGCGAAAAAUCGACCGCCCGCUCCAUCGAGAUUUCUGGGAGCGAUUCCAGCGUUGUUUGGACAUCCUCCGGGAGAAGCGUCAUAUUCAGCGGACCGUCUUCCGACUGACCCUUGUGAAGGGUUUCAAUGUCGAGGAUGAAGUAAUUGGGUAUGCCAACCUGGUUGAAAAGGCCUUACCGGGUUUGGUCGAGAUCAAGGGUGUCACUUUCUGUGGAACCAGCACCAGUGCAGGCGCCGGUCUGACUAUGAAGAACGUGCCUUUCUACGAAGAAGUAUCUGCCUUCGUCGUUGCUCUGAAUGAGGAGCUGCAGCGACGCGGUCUCAAGUACGGGAUUGCUGCCGAGCACGCUCACAGUUGCUGUGUCUUGCUUGCCUCGGAGCGAUUCAACGUUAAUGGCAAGUGGCAUACUCGUAUUGAUUAUGACCGCUUCUUUGAAUUGCUCGAGAAGGAGAAGGAGGACGGCACCUCGUUCAGACCUGAGGAUUACAUGCGUGAAACGGAAGAGUGGGCUCUGUGGGGCCGGGGCGGCUUCAAUCCCGACGAUGAGCGGGUCUUCCGAAAGGGCCGUGAUGCCAAUUCUCGGGCUCGUAAAGCUCAGGAAAUUCUUGGAACUGCCAUUACGUUUUGAAAAGCUUUCUUAAUAAAAGCUUCUCGCCCCGAGGGUUGAAUUGGUACUGAUGUCCAUUCAAGAUAUUCCUGCAUACCCCUCUCCCUGCUAGGACUUGGUGCUUGAUGAACUAUGAUAAUUUCACCUUCUCGCACCCGGAUUCGACCACAAAGUUGUCUGCUUUGACAGUUACAUGCCACUACAGCAUUUCCGAAAAUAAAAAAGAAUUACGAGAAGAAUAAAAACUCGGCUAUAGUAUAAAACUGACUCAAUAUUAGUUACUGGGUUAUCCUCAC